AUGCUGACUCAGCAACAGCUCGUGUCGCUCCUCCAGCAAGCCACAGACUCCGACGCGUUCCCGCCCUCCUUCCGCCGCUACCCGCUUUCCUACCUUCGCGCGCAAAGAAUCUCAGUCCCGGGCGAUUUUUUCUGCCCGCUGUCCCUCGACAUAAUGACCGACCCCGUUAUAAUCGCAUCCGGUCAAACGUUCGAGCGCGCGGAGAUCGAGCGGUGGUUCGGCGAGGGGAAGCGUGUGUGCCCGGUCACCGGGCAGCACCUCGAAAAUUUCACCGUCGUGCCCAACAACUCCCUCCGUAGCGUCAUCUCCGCGUGGUGCCUCGGCAACGGCAUCAGGCUCGGCACCGACGAGCGUACCAACCCUAGCACACUCCAGCCUGCCGAGCCAGAUCGCCGAGCCGCGCUCCGCGUCGGCCCGUCCUCGUCGUCUCCUGUGAGAUCCCUCUCGAGUAAUGCCAGCCGCGACGCGCGCCGACAAUCCACCGGUUCGUUCGAGCAGAGCCCGUCCGCGUCGCCCCGCUGCCCUAUAUGGCCCGUGUCGGCUUCGGUAUCUUCGCAAUCCCCCUCCGCAUCCCCCGGUUACACGCCUGCUAAGAGCACCGGCAGUCCCGUUAUGCGGCGCGACUGGAAUAAGUAUCCCGGUAGGGACGAGUGGAGCGGCCCGCAGCCGCGACGCGACGAAUGGUCUGGGCCGCAGUCGGUCGAGUUCGCGAUGCAAGCCGGCAUGGCGUCGCAGGCCGCCAUGGCGUCGCAGGCGGAAGUGUCGCGCGGUCACGGCGCCGGCUCUCCGGCGUCGCAGGAGAGAGAAAGUGGCGGCGGUGGCGGACGGGCGAGUCGCAUGCGACAUUCAAUAGGCUCGCAGUCCAUGCGCUACGAUUAUCCCGAGCACGCGACGCGGUCGCCGCAGUCGCAUUCUCUAAUCUCCUGGGAUCACGACGGGGAUGAAUCGAACCGCCAUCAUCAACCUGGAUUGAAUCCCGCUCUAGCGUACAUGACGCCAAACCACCCCGUCGCGUCCGUCUACGUCACUAACGCGUCCGGCAGCCCGACGGUUAGCCGGUUCUCUUCGCGGGAUAUGUACCUCACGUUCGCGCGCUCCUCCACCUGCGACUCGAGCUCCAGCAGCCGGUCGUUACUCCUAGGCCGGCAGCAUGGCACCGCGCCGCCGGAGCGCGAGGGCGCCCCGGGCGAGGUCGGCGCGGGCGAGCGCGCGCUGACUCGCGGCGGAAACCUCGCUGCCGCGCGGAGUCAGAGCCAGAAGGAGCGUGCGACGGGCGGAAGCAGAGCGGGGAUGGUGCGGACGGAAGAGGAGGAACACGCGCGGUUGCGCAUCCCGGAGCUCGUGCGCCAAAUGCAGGGCGUGGGCGGGGGGCGGGGGGUAUCGGGCGAUGGGGAGGAGCUGCUGGUGCGCGAGCGGCAGCGCGAGGCGGCGGAGGAGCUGCGAAUGAUGGUGAAGGACUCGCGCGCGAACCGCGAGAGCGUCGUCGCGGCGGGCGGAGGCGUGCUUUCCGCGCUGAUUAAUCUCUUCUGGAGCCCGGACGAGGCGACCGUGGAGCACGCGGUCACGGCGACUCUUAAUCUCUCGUUGACGUCGUCGUCUCACGCGCCGCUGAUUGGCCAAGGCGUCGUUCCCGCGCUCGUCGCGGUGCUCUCCGCAGGCGCGGCGGGCGGAGACGAAUUUGGAGUAAAUUUGGCGGUUUCUCAGCAGGCGCAGGAGAACGCAGCAGCUGCGCUGUUCGCGAUAACGUCUUCGUCGGAUGCGAAUAAGUUACUCGUUGGAUCGACGCCGGGAGCCAUCGCAGGGCUGACGGCGAUGCUUUCGCCGCAGCCGUGGUCGCUUCGUGGGCGAAAAGACGCGGCUUUGGCUUUGUUCAACUUAUCGCUAUCGGAAAAGAACCGUGCUUCGCUAAUGUCCGCGGGUGUAGUUCCAAAGUUACUGGCCAUGUUACAAGAAUACGGCUCGGGAUUGGAGGAAAAAGCAACGGCGGUUCUCGUGAAUAUCGCGAAAUCGCCGGCGGGUUGCGCAGCGAUUCAGGUGGCGGGGGGAAUUCCGCCGCUGGUUGAAGCGCUAGAAAGUGGAUCCGCGCGCGGAAAGGAGGACGCGGUGGCGGCGCUGCUGAUGCUGGCGGAAGACGAGAGCCGGCGGGACGAGAUUCUCGAGGAGGGGGUGAUGCCCACGCUGGUUGCGCUGCAGCAGUCCGGCACGUCGCGCUCGCGCGUCAAGGCUGCUCGUCUGCUGGCUAUCUUUCGGUCUAAGAAUUGA